CUGCCCUCUCUCUGACUGUCAGAUACCGGGUCUUAGAGUUUGUCAAUUGACAUACAGUUUGUAUUAUGAGCUCAACUCCUAAUACAGUUUGCAGUGCUUUCUCUCUCAAUGGUGUUUAUCACUCACUGUAACAAUAACUACAUUACAGUUGUGUAUAUAUGACUUGAUAUUAGAGAAACUAAUAAUUUGGCGGCAAUUUUUGGCAAAACUUUUUUUGGACACUAAUUAUUGACAAUAAUUUGAUAUAUAAUGUGAACCAAUCAGUGAUUUUAUCGUAAUAUAUCUAUCAUUGUAUUGAAAGAGGAUAUGAUGUCAUGUCAUAAGGAUUUAUGUUUGAUAUUCACAAUCACAUCAAUACUUUGGUCAUCACUUUGGACGCACACUAUUCAAGGUUUUGUACAAAACAAUGAAGAACCAGAACAUAUAUCAUCCAAUUAUGGCGAGAAUGUGAUCAUCAACUGUGCCUUUGAUUUUCCUGAUGGCAUACGAGUGCCGUAUGUCAUACAAUGGCAGAAAAAUGGCGUAAAGAUACCGAUAUAUAUUUGGUACGACGGAUACCCACCACAUAUUGGUGAGGGCUAUGAGGGACGGGUGUCUCUGUCAGGACAGGCGGCACUCAAUCUAUCGAAUCUCAAUGAGAACGAUCAGGGAUGGUAUGAAUGCAAAGUAUUCUUUUUGAAUCGUCCCCCCGAACCCAUCAAAAAUGGUACCUGGGUGCACCUGGAUGUACAUGCACCGCCACAUUUUCGACUAAAACCACCCGAUGUUAUAUAUGUAAAAGUGGGGGAAACCAUAACAAUGCCGUGUGAAGCUAUGGGCACCCCUUCACCCGCUAUUAUUUGGUAUAAGGAUAAUCAACCUCUUGAGGGUUCCGGUAGUGUCCAUAUAUUGCCAAAUGAGUUACGGAUCUCAAACUUACAGCAGUCAGACAUCGGUGAUUACAUGUGUUUGGCCCGCAAUCGUGAGGGCUCGACAACGGCCAAUACUAAAGUGAUAAUCGCGGGACCGGCAGUUAUAACGGCUCCGCCCAGAAAUCAGACCCGUCUGGAGGGCGACCAAAUUGAGAUGAUAUGCGAAGCUAAGGCACUGCCAUCUAAUGUAACGCACCGGUGGCUACACAACGGCAUUGACAUAAGUCAGUUGUCGUGGUUGGAGACCCGGACUAUCAUCCGACGCGAUGGCACACUAUUUAUCAAUCCGAGUACUGCUGAAGAUUCGGGUCAAUACACAUGCGAAGUGUCCAAUGGUAUCGGCAUUUCAGAUACUGCCAGUGCUUACCUUAGCGUUGAAUAUCCCGCUCGAGUCACUUACUCGCCGACCAUUCAAUAUCUACCGCACGGACUAUCGGGAAUCGUCCGGUGUUUUAUUCAGGCUAUGCCUCCAUUUCAGUUCAUAACGUGGACUAAAGAUCGGCGGCCAUUUGAUCCGAAUGCCACACCCGGUGUGGUCACACUCAACAACGGGUCACUACUAUUUCAACGGGUCAGUCACGAACAUCAGGGCCGAUACCGGUGUACACCAUAUAAUCUUCACGGAACUGCCGGCACAUCUAAUGCUAUGGAAGUGUUAGUUAGAGAGCCGCCAAAGUUUACGAUAAGACCUAACGAUAUGUACCAGAGAUCGGUCAACAGUGAAGUUGUUAUGCCGUGCGAUGGCGUCGGACAGCCUAAGCCUAACAUCAUUUGGCGUAAAGCUGAUGGAAACAAAUUACCAAAGGACAGGGCGUUUAUAAGGUCUGGCAAUUUGACGAUCAAAUCGAUCAAAAAGGAAGACCACGGGAUCUAUGAGUGUAUACUCGAGAAUGAGAUCGCGAUUCUCAUUGCAACGACUCUAUUAUUAGUCAAUAACACUACUCCACAUCCGCCACAAAAUGUUUCCGUCAAUACCAGUGCUUUUGCAGCUACUGUUCAAUGGAUACCCAAUUAUAAUGGAGGUUAUGAACAAACCUAUCAUCUCAGGUACCGAUUGUCCGACAGCAGUGACUCCGACUGGAAGACAAUACGAGUUCCUCCGCCAGAAUCGUUGACUGCAUUUACUUUAUAUAACUUGCAAUCAGACGCCGAGUAUGACUUCCAAGUGUUUGCUUCAAAUCGCUUGGGAGUUGGGAUGACGUCACCAAUAGUCAGAACCAGAACUAAGAUGUGGGACUUACAAAAAACUAUUUAUCCAACCGAUGCUUACGGGGCUACAUAUAUACCAACAGUUCAAAAACCAUCAGGUUCCACUGAUGAUCCAACAUCAUCAUCGGCCACAACCCCUGUAGGACCUAAACCGGGAGCGCCCAGGAAUGUGUCGAUUGAGAAGAUGGCUCAGGGAUGGGUCAUAUCGUGGUUAUCACCGGUCGACAAGUCUGUGGCAGUGGCCUACUAUCGCAUCGAGUUUAAGGAGAACGACAAGAGAUGGCAAUAUAGCGAACCCAUCGCUAAGGAUAACGCUUUUUUAAUUAAAAAUCUCGAUUCUGGCACUAAAUAUACUUUCCGUGUGUGGGCUUACUCUAUAUUAGGCAAUGGAGAAGUCAGCGAUCCAUUUGAUUACAAAAUUUCCGGGCCAGCCGAUGGCAUUAAGGGUGCUCGAGCUAUAACUGCCGGCAUAGUGGGCUCCGUCCUAUUUUUUGUAACAGCAAUUGUAUUGUCCGUCUGUAUCGUCAAAAUUUGUAAUAAAAGAAAGAGAAGAAAAAUGGAAAAAGCAUAUAUGAUGGUUACCUGUCCGGUAAUGGACGGUAUCAAUGGUGGACAUCAUACUCACGGUGAUAGCCCAGUGCCUUUAAAACAACGUGCGAAAAGAGGAAUAUCAGGUUUAAUACAUGUAUUGAUUAGAAGUCUUUUGCAAAGAUUCGGUGCACAACACUAUUGCCGACGACCAACUGAGCCCAGACAUGUGGCCGGACGUGAUAGUUCACCCCUUGGAGUUCCAACAAUUGAAACGAUUGGAUCCAAUUGGAGAGAUAACGUCAUACAGGUCUCACCCCCUGCGCGACGAAGAGCUAUGAAAAAUGUUAGAUAUAAUGUCGAAAUGGAGUACUCGAGACCACUCGGUUGGAUCAGUAGGACAUCUGACGGCAAAUUUGUAGUCAAAGGACAGCCUAUUCUUAUGAAAAAUAUUGGUUACAAUACCGAUGAACAGUUACACGCCUACGACUUGACCCCCUCUAAUCAGGCCAGUGUUAGGGGAAGUUUCCGGAGUGAUGGAAGUGGACAAAGUGGUCCCAAUCAUACAAAUGUGUUUCCAUUACAUAGACAUCACUCACAGUUUAGUCGCUCAUCAACGCACUCAUCCCUUCCCUCCCGUUCCCAACGAAAUCAAUCGUUUAGUCCUCAGUCAUACUCAUUCCGUUCGGGAUAUAAUAUAUCACAAGUAUUCAGACCACGUGAUCCCCGAUUCAGGACCAGUUCUCCGGGACCGGGAUUACCGCCCGACUCGCUCAGUAUGGAACAAGAACUGAGUUCCGUUCGCCAAACAUCUUCAUCAUUUGAACGCUCGUCACAAAUACCGAUGAUUUCCUCGCCAUCAUUGCGGUCACAACUACAAGAACUACCAGCGCUGAGACCAAUACACGAACAUUUGCAUCGACAUAACAAUCACUCAAUGUCUCAAUUACGGGCAACAGUUCCUAUAUCACGUCAGCCAAACAUUAGAGCCAUAAAUCGCGGACCACUUCUUUUGGAGACAGUUCCCGAAGCCAUUUACGAUGCCGUCCACAUUACACCCAAAUAUGACUCACCUUCUGCUAGAAGGGGUGACCUUUGGACCGACGGACGGCACUUACACAUCCCACAGCCUAUUAAUCAAAGUACAAAUAAUAUUCAAUUGCUUAGAGACGUUCCUACCAUAUCUGCCCGUGCGAUGUCCAGACCAUAUCAAAACGUGCCGUUUCCGAGACAUCUCAUUGAAGAGUCAGUGCCUCAGUAUAAGACCCAACAAUCACUCGAUGAUCCGAUUGAUGAAAUGCGUUUUAUAGCACCUCCUAAAAUGGUAUUUAAAAAACCCAGAGCACCACCGCCUCCACCCUCAUUAAGCCAACAGAAGACUAUAGAUUUGAAGAGUGAUUUUAAUACAACUGUUAGCAGUGACUCAUCUAAUGACCAGCCCUUUCAAUAUACUCGGGACAAGUUAUUGGGUGCCGUUGAAAAAGUCAGGAGUGGUAUGUUACUAACUCGCGCUUCUCCAUUUAGACAUGAAGGUUCGCAAACUCCGACAUCAGUUCAAACACCAUCGCAGACACCUAUUGAUAGGCGACUGUUAGAAAUGCCGGAACCUUUACUCCGACCUCGACGUCCCACUCCUGUCAAGUUUGCUGACGAUAACAAUGUGUUUAUUGAUGAUCAUCAUAAUCAACCCACAUAUCGUUCAUCACAUCCGCAACCUCCCAGUCGGGCUAGCCUUACGAGUCAAUCUUCUGGUAGAGGCAGUGCUGGUCAGGACGGGUCGGGAAAAACUACUUUAGUUUCCAACUCAAGAGGCAAUUCAUUCCAAAACUCACCGCAAAGUGAACUCCAAUCCGUGUCCAAUAUUGAUAAGACAGCGAGCAGUAGCUCUGGUAUUGCCAGUCAAACCAUGUCAUCACAACUGCAUUCAUCCACAUCUCCCGGUCAGAGUUCGGGUAUUUCCGCCACAUCUACGUCUGCAACUCCUAAUCGAUACGUCAAAGAAGUGCAAUCAAUCAAACAGUCAUUCUUACCGAAAUCCAUAGCAUAUCAAAGUCGACCAACAGUUGAAUCGCCGCAAUCGGAACCAAUAUUUCCUUCUUAUGCACCACCGAUGGAACCUUUGGACGUAUCUGUCGAUGAAAAUUAUGAGUUUGACUCUAUAUCUCCCUUAGAGGCCGAACUGAUCGAAAAAUUGCGUCGAGAACAGCAACGAUGGAGUCAAUGGCAACAACAACAACAAUAUCAUUAUCAACCACAACAUUAUCAACAACAACAACAACAGAGCAUUAGAGGACCAUUCAGUGAUUCAGAAGUGUAUAGUACUGUUCCCAUUAGACGUCGAUAUGAAGAUACGGACGCCCGCUGUGCGGCUCUGAAGGAAGAGUUUUUUAGAUUUAGAAGAAGACAACAACUCUUACAACAACAACAGCAACGACACCGACCAUCACAUGAGGAACUGAGUUCUUCAGAUGAGUUUGAGAGCGCCUGUUAGCCAACCAACUGAUCAACCAAUUGGUUAUUA